CGCGGAGGGGCUGGGCUCAGCCCUUACCUGUUCAACCUGCGCGGCGGCAGAGAGUCCACGCCCCACUGAGUCAGGCGAAGCUGCACCUUUAACCUGCCCUGACUGGGUGGCACGGUUUCUCCCUCCUCCUCCCUCCUGCCACCCCCUUGUUCAAAGGGUCCCCCACCCAUCCGCCCUCAUUCCAAACAAGAGCCUCUCUUUGCACAGGUGGACCUCGCUGCUUUCCGCCCCUCCCUCCCUCCUUCCCCCUACGCUCUUUCUGCUUUAAACUUGGGGUUUCUCUGCAAAAGAAAAAACCCAGCAACCUAGCCUUUCCCUCCUUCCUGGUUUGUUGGAGAAGGGCAGAGAAGGGACCCCUUUGCUCCAGCUGAAGUGGGCCCUGGAGGGCAGCAAGCCAUGGGGACCUCAGAGGAAGAUUAUAACUUCGUCUUUAAAGUGGUCCUGAUUGGAGAAUCAGGAGUCGGGAAGACCAACCUGCUCUCCCGGUUCACCCGCAAUGAGUUCAACCACGACAGCCGCACCACAAUUGGGGUGGAGUUCUCCACUCGUACCAUCCUGGUGGGAGAUGCCUUGGUGAAAGCACAGAUCUGGGACACGGCUGGCCUGGAGCGCUACCGGGCCAUUACUUCGGCUUAUUACAGAGGCGCAGUGGGAGCCCUCUUGGUUUUCGACAUCACCAAGCACCAGACGUAUGACGUGGUGGAGCGCUGGCUGAAGGAGCUGUAUGACCACGCAGAGGCCACCAUCAUUGUGAUGCUGGUGGGCAACAAAACAGAUCUGACCCAAGCCCGGGAGGUCCCAACGGAGGAAGCCAAGAUGUAUGCAGAAAACAACGGUCUGCUCUUUAUGGAAACCUCUGCGCUGGACUCCACAAAUGUUGAAUUGGCUUUUGAAACUAUCUUGAGAGACAUUUUCAACAAAGUGCAGAAACAGAAGCAGAAAAGCCCCCUGGACAACACCGUUUCGCUCUCUGCCGAACACACUGAUGCAGCCUCCACCUCUCAAGCUGUGGAAGGGAAGCGAGCUUGUUGCUUGAACCUCUGAAGUGAGGGUCGCACAUGAGGAACAUCAGCCGUGUUGAGGAAGCCAAUUUUUGGUGGGUGGGAGAGGAUUCCACACUCUGGAUGAUGAUUUAUGGCUGAGAUAUCCGUCUCACUGUAGCCUCUGUGGUCUGGGGGUUAGUUAUGGAAACUUUAUGGAUCAGGCUCGCCUACCUAAAUCUAGGGAGCACAAUAGCGUGUUUGGGGGUGACAAAGCAUCUUGAAUCAAGAAUUCCGUGUUUGUGGGUCAGUACCUGUACAAAAGAACCACCCGUAACCCUGCAAUGUCCCACCCUUGUCUUCCAAUACAGAUACGAAUCUAUAGUGAAUGCAACAGUAGCCACAAUCCUGCCAAAGUUAAUCACAACUAGCCGUCCUGUACCCUCUUAGCUGGGAGUGAAGUCCUUUGAACUCUGGUAGGGCUUCUUCAUCCAAAUAGGCCUAGGAUCACAGUGCAAGUUCCAUUGCAGGUUAUUGUGACUAAGGCCACAAUCGCACCAUACAUUUGAUAGCACUUUAAACAGUCACAACUUCCCCAAAAGGAUUCUGGAAGCUGUAGUUUAUUAAGCUUGCUGACAGUUGUU